CAGUGACUGUAAUGAAUGUUAUGGGCAAAUACAAAUCAGAAAACUGAUUUCUGCAGUUUGCUACUUAAUAUUUCUUUCAGAAGAGAAGAGCAAACCCAUCCUGUUUCCCCCCUCUUAGUUUCCAGCUGGCUAGAUUUUCAGCUGCCCCUAGAAACAGUGGUAGUAAACUGUGAUGUCCGGUGGAUAAAAGUGGCUACCACUAUGACAACCACCUUGUUUUGCAACAUGAUAUUUCUGCUGGCAUUUGGAUUGGCUUCAGCUUUUAGCCACAGCCCUAGGAUGCCUGACAGGGUUACUGAAGCAGAUAUACAAAGGCUCCUCCAUGGGGUUAUGGAGCAAUUGGGCAUUGCCAGACCCCGGGUAGAAUAUCCAGCACACCAGGCUAUGAAUCUUGUUGGUCCACAGAACAUUGAAGGUGGUGCACAUGAGGGUCUUCAGCACUUGGGUCCUUAUGGCAAUAUCCCAAACAUUGUGGCUGAGCUGACAGGUGAUAAUGUACCAAAGGAUUUCAGUGAAGAUCAAGGCUAUCCUGACCCUCCAAAUCCCUGCCCUAUUGGAAAAACAGUUGAUGAUGGGUGUCUAGAAAACACCCCUGACACAGCAGAGUUCAGCAGGGAAUACCAGCUGCACCAACACCUUUUUGAUCCGGAGCAUGACUACCCCAACGUGGGCAAGUGGAGCAAGAAUUUACUCUUUGAAAAAAUCAGUGGUGGCCCAAAAAGAAGAAAGAGGAGUGUGAACCCCUAUCUGCAAGGACAGCGACUGGAUAAUGUUGUAGCAAAGAAGUCUGUUCCACAAUUUUCAGAUGAAGACAAAGGUCCUGAAUAAGUAGAGUAAAAAUGAAAGAUAAAAACUCAUGCUAUCCUCUGCUAGAUUGUAAUAUUGCUUAUACAUAAUCAUCUAUGAAAAUCCUUGUGAAUGGCAGCAUGCUUAUUAUUUAUACAACUGUAGAUGAAAAACAGCUGUAUUUAUAACAGUAUGUUCUAGAUAACAAAAAUAUGGUUCUGCUUUUUGUUAAGUUACGGUAAAAGGACAUUUCUGUUAUUUUUAUUUUAGUCAUGGAGCAAACUUUAAAAAUGUUAGUCAUUUUAAUAGCUAACGUGAGGUAAAUGGUCCUAAUGAGCAGCUUGUAAAUAGGAAGACGAAAAAAUGCCCAGUCUGACUCCAACAUUUAAUCUUAAAUGUUACUGUGUUUGACACAUGAAAAUUACAGUUUUAUGUUUUGUUCACAAAUAUUGUUACUUAGCAAAGACAAAGUAUUUAUUUUACGAGAGAAUUUUGGCUUUUGGUCCAUUUUAAUAAACAUUUAAGCAAUCUACAAGGUUUGCAAAGUGACAUUUCCAAAAUAUUUCAGAGGCUCAUUUGUCUCUGUUAUUGCUGUGCAAAUUUAAAAAUUAAAGAACUGCUUUUUGACUCUAUUCACUGGAAUAUUUUCUCCUGUUAGUUUUAAUCAUUCCAUGCCCUUAACUUUCCUGAACACUUGCACAUCUUUCUUCUUUAUCAAUGGAACUGUUAUGUGGAAUCUCCCCCACUGUUCCUUGUCUUAGAAACAGUAGAAUUUGUGCAUUUUAGCGUUCCUAAAUUAUGCCUCCAGGUGAUAUUAUAAGUGAAGAUGGAGUCGUUUGUCUGUGUUAAUAAGGUUGUAUCAACAACCUCUGAAUCUAAAUCCAAGCUAUGGAGGUCAUUACAGUUGAUCUUCUGAAAAAUUAUGCUACUCUAAUAACACUGGUAGCUAUCACUGCUCUUGAAGUUGUUCUGGGAAGCUUAAAUUGCCUUUUUGCCCCUAGGAGAUUGAAGAGCGUUUAUAUUCCAGAGUUGUCCCUUUCUGAAAGAGGAGAAUAUAAAAUUACCUAAAUUUUUUUUAUUUUCAGAACACAUCUGAAUAUUUAAAACCAUGUGCAUGGAGCAUUGGAAUUAUAGAAAAGAGCCUUAAUUUACAGCUUUGAACUUGAAAUCUGUGGAAAAAGAAGUAGUUUCCUUUCCAAUCCUACAGAAAGACACAGUAAAAUAAUGAUGACCACUUAGGAAAAAAAAACAAAACCACCAAAACAAAACAGAUAAGAAACUAAAGUUCCUUGCCACACAAGAUUAAAGUUAACAGGAUGGCACAAAAAUGACUGUCAAUAACAUUUGCUUUUUUUGUCCCACCACUUGGUAAUAAAUUAUGUAUGUAGAGAGUCAGCCCUCUCAUGUCAUUUAUGGUAGAUUGCAAAACUCUGUAACAUUUUAGGAUGAACGAUCAUGUCUUUCAUCAUAGUUCCUUCUUUAAAAAAAAUCUGGAAGAGAAAACUAAAUAGUAUGUAAUGCAGUGGGGUUUAUAUUCACAGAUGACACAAAACUGAGGAAUUUCUAUGAAUCACAGAGCUGCCUCCUACUGGCCUGGAACAGGAUGGGAGCAAGUCAUCUAACAGAACUUGUAAUCUCUGCUCCUUAAGCUUACUCUUUUUAUCUGCACUCCUGCUUAGUCUUCAUGCAGGUAUUGAGAGUUGAAGAACUGCAAAGGUUGUCUCCAAAACCAGCAAUAGGUAUAUAUAUUUCUGUAUUAGCCCUGUCCUUAUUGGCUUCAAUAAAAUCCAUUUUAAUUCCAAAAAUGAAGCAACUAUAAUGGCAAUUAAUUCUGUUUUUAAGCUCUUAUUAAGGACCAGUACAUAGUAAAAGGAAGUAUGUACAGUAAAUAGGGGGCUUAAAAAGAGAGGGGCAAAGAAGCGUUUUUUGAUUAAUAGUAUCAGUGAUCCCACAUCUAAUUUCUUGAAGCACUUUAGGUCACUACAGUCUUCGUAGGGAUGUUGUGAUAAUCCAGAACAGCAAACUGACCAGAGCAGAGAUCCCUGGAUGCUGCCUGUGACCCAGGUGGGGCCGGAGCAGCUGUCCUCCUGUGCAUGGUAGAACUGCAUAGUGCAGACAAAGGAAAAAUAUCACAAUUCAGAGGUGAUUUUGUCUUUAAAUGCAAGCAAAAAAAACCCAAAAACCUUUAGAUUGCACAAAAUGGUGUGUCUUAUAAGGAGUGUGUACUGGAAGAAGUCAAAUGCAUGCUGGUAAGAAGCUGUCUGCUGAGUCCAUCGGGCAGCUUGAGUGUUUCACCAGGAAAACUCAAUAGCACUAUUGUGAAAUUCUAAUAAUUUCACAGCUCUUACACCAUGAUAAUGAGAUUGAUUAUUCUAAUUUCAGUUUCAUAGUAGAGCUGUCUUACUGUCCUAGGAUUGGUU